ACCUUCUGAAAAAGAGCCCAAGAAAGUUUUUUUAUUAUUUUUUGGCACGACGAACAAGAAAAAAAGCGCUCUCUCAAAAAUUCACAUAAUCCCUUCAUUGAUUUAUCUGAUCCCAUCUCUUCUAUUUGGAGCAAAUUCCUGAAACAAAAAAAGGAAAGCUUUUUCUAGCCUUUUUAAUUUGUUCUUAUCCGUGUAAUUAUUGCAGUGUUUUUUUGUUUUUUCUUUUUGUUUUUGAAAUGUCUUUUUUGUAUACCUUCAUCCCUGAGGAAGCAAAGGUGGAAGAAGAAGGCGAGUGGGAGAAAGAUAGAUAAAAAUNAAGAUUGAAUUUUUAUAGUGUUUUUUUGUUCUUUUUGUUGCUUGAUCAGAGUUAUCAGCCAGCCCUUAUCCUGUAUUUGUAAAUUUAGAUAUCAAGGAUUGUAUCAAAUCGAUUUUUAUUACCUUCAGCUGGUAUGUCGACUGUAGUAAGUGAUUCUAUGGUUAUUGGGCCCGGGCCCGGGACCGACGGGCCUUCUGUUAACGGGCCUGUGAGUAUGAUGUCGGGCCAAACCGAGGUGGAGUUUGCGAAAUGCGAUUGUUGCGGGCUUACUGAGGAGUGCACCCUAGCAUACAUAGAAACAAUCCGAGAAAGGUAUUGUGGCAAAUGGAUCUGUGGGCUUUGUUCGGAGGCCGUUAAGGACGAAACAUUACGUUCACCAAAGCUUAUAAGCCCGGACGAGGCAUUGGCCCGACACAUAAGCUUCUGCAGCAAGUUUCGGGCCUCGGGCCCACCUGAGGAUCCAACCGUUCAUCUUAUUCGGGCCAUGAGGCAGGUUUUUAGAAAAAGCCUGGACAGCCCGAAAUCUACGAGGUCUUUGCCAAGUAGCCCGACGAACAAAAGAAGAGACGAUUUAAAGGGCCCGGUUUUCGCCAGGUCAGAGAGCUGCAUGUCGAGUUUGACCCUAGUCGAGUCGCCGGUUUACUGUGGGGUUGAUGAAGGUUGUGAAUGAAGGUGUGGAGGUCAAAAUGGUGAAAAAAAAUUAGGAGAAAAAGUGAACAAGAUGAAAAAUGGAGGAAGAUAUGAAUGGAUGAAUUUAGGACUUAAUUUUGACUGUCAUUAGUAAUUUAGUAUAUGUGUGGUGUAAAACAAGAGUGAUGAUUCUCAUGUUUGUAAACUGAACAUGGAAAAAUAACAUGAAUGUGGUGAUGAUAUAUUAUCGCUACAAAUAUUAUUUCUAUAUUUGCUAUUGUUUUGAUGUCAAUUUUGAGAGUAUGGUGCUGAGUUGGAAGGUGAGAG